AUGUCCUGGGACGAGGCGCUCUUGCGGCGCCUCUUCGUUGGCCACUUCCACCUGCUACACGCGCCUGGCGCCGAGGAGUUGGAGCGGUGCUGGCGCUCCCAGCUGGGGUAUGGCCGCGUCGACGGGGAGCGCUACCCGUCGCACGUGCGUGGCAGCUGCCUGGCCAUCUGUCACUCCCUUAACAGCCGCUUUUAUCCACACCACCCAGAGGAGGUCGAUGAUGCGACCCAGCGUCGCAGCGUGAAGUUUGAAUUUGUUGAGAGAGCCCGCCUGCUGGGGCGCCUCGCCGCGGGCCCGCACGGCUUUGCCGCGCUGCGGCCGGGCGGCGGCGCGGCGGCGCCGGAGCUGCAGCAGCUGCUGGCGUUCACGCUGCAGCCGGCGCUGGACAAUCUGGCCAACUGCUACGCUGACCUGGACUUUCGGACUUGGGACGAGCGGCAUGGCAGCGUGGUGCCGCAACUUGCGGCGCGGCUGUCGCCGCCGCUGCUAACGCAGCCCCCGCCCCCCGACACACCCGAGCACGCCGCCGCCCUGCACACGCUGCUGGGCCUGGCGUUCCACUCGGCGCUGCGCGAGGCGCGGGGCACGGCCGCCAGCGAUCGCAUGACGAUGCCGCAGGACGACGGCUUCAUGGCCGCGCCCGGCCUGCGGCGCGCCGCCAAGCUGCUGCUGGCGCCGCCGGCCCUGGACGUGUUCAAGGAGCUGCUGACCUGCAUCACCGAUUCUGCGGAGGAGGAAGGCUCCCGCUGGCACCUGGGGCACGCCCUGUGGCGCGGCGCGGCCGCCAUGGCGGGAGAGCACGGGGAUCACCAAGGCGCCCUGGCCGCCGCCGCCGCGGCGCCCGAGUUCCGGCGCGCCGCGGCACGGGAGGCGCGGCGGCUGGCGGCGCGCUGCGCGCUGCAGGCGCAGGCGACGGGCGGCGCGGGCAGCGAGGGGGGCGGCGCCGCGGCGGUGGCGGCGGCGUGCGGUGCCACAAACGGCGGCGACGAGGGCCAUGGGCCGGAGGGGAGCGGCAGCAGCAGUGCAGGGGCCGGCCCCGCUGCCUCUGCGGCCAGCGCAGCGGCCGAGGGCUGCGCCCUGCGUUCGGUGCUGGUGCUGGCUCGAGCGCAGGCGGCGGUGCUUGACCACCUGCUGGUCGCGCGCAGCGCGCUCGAGCUGGCGCCCGCGCAGGCGGCGGCGCUGCUGCACACGCUCGACUGCUUGGAGGCGUGCGUGGUCGCGCGUGUCACAGCAGCAUGCGCGGAGACAUCAAUAGGGGCGGCAGACAAGGGGGACGGGCCGCGGCCUCCCGAUUGGCCGCAGCGGGAGCAGCGGCAGGACAGCAUCAUCGACGGCAGCAGCGGCCGUGGUAGGCAGCGGUCUGGCGGUGGCAAGCGCACCGGAUCGCCAACUUCUGGGCCUGUGCGGCAUAUGGAUCAGCUGCUGGACACCACGGUGGGUGGGUGGGUGAGGGGCUCUAGUAUCGAGGCCAGUGGGGUGGCUCCCUGA